AUGGACCCGAUCUCUAUCACCGGUCUCGUAAUAGAGGUCAGCCAUGUGCUGUCGAGCCUGAUCAGGUAUGGCAAAGCGGUGCAGACCGCAAAGUCCGAAGUGCGAAAACUCAGCGAAGAGCUCUUCGCUCUAAAGGGGAUCUUAGAGCACCUGGCAGCACAUUCUACUGAUAUCGCCAAAUGGGAGGAAUCGGAAACAAGCCUAUUUGACCGCGACGUCAUGGCGAGAGUAUUGCACACAACAAACGAGUUCCUUCAAUCCUUGCUCGUGGACUUGGAGACGUCCGAGACAAAGUUCAAGCGCCUCAAGCAAGCUCUGAAAUGGCCAUUUACUCAGACGCAAGUCAUCGACCAUCUGGCCCGUCUGGAAAGAGUCAAAUCGUGGUUGAUACUGGUUCUCAUGGCGGACCAUAAUUCGGUGGAUCGGGAGAUGCAGCAUGAGAUUCGUGAUCUGACAAACACACUAAAAGAAGACUUGCACAUUCGAGCUCAAGAGCGGAACCAAUUUUUGAACAGAGAGCUUCUACAAUGGAUCGCUCCUGUGAACCCUGAAAGCUCUCAUCUGCGGGCAUCAAAAAGACAUAGAAAUGGGACUGGUAGAUGGUUCGUUGACGGUUAUUUGAAGAUGUUUCUCAACCAAGAAGAAAAUCGAUCUUUCUUCCUCCUGGGAAAAUCUGGAACUGGAAAGACUACGCUCUUUGCACAAGUUGCAAAUGAACUCACUUAUAUGGCUUCUCAAGGUCAAUCCAUGUGCCUUGCUUAUUUUUAUUGUACAAUCAGUGAUUUUGCCUCUCAGAAUGCAAGGAACGUCCUAGGAUCACUUGUGGCACAGCUCUCGGGCACAGCUCCUUCAAUUUUGGGUGAUAUUCGGUCUAUCUAUAACAAAGGCCCGAAGAAUCAGGCGCAUAGGUUCCCUAUCGAAUUGUCUGUUCUCGAAGCUGCCAUCCUCAAAUAUGCUUCCGGAACGACCAAGAUUGUCCUUCUGGUUGAUGCAAUCAAUGAAAGCCAUGAUAUGCAGCUUCUUGAAGCCUCCCUUCUCAGGCUUGCCAGUUUAUCCACGAACAUCCGCGUGCUUAUAACUACCACAAGCACUAUGGGCUCCAUCAGACACCCCAAUGCAUCUGUCUUGAACAUAAGCGGAAAGUCACGAGGGGACAUUGACACCUUUAUCAAAUACCGACUUCAGACUGAUAGUACAUUGAGCAAUUUGGCACCAGAAUUCCGAGCGGAAAUUGAAUCCACUCUUCUUGGAAAUGCCGAUGGAUCAUUCCGCUGGGUCCAGCUCUCAUUGGACAACCUGAGCGCGCAGCGAUCUGUAAGGGCAAUGCGACAGGCCUUACAGAACCUCCCAGGGACUUUACGCGAGACAUAUGCAAGUAUGUUAGAACGAAUUGCCCCUGACGACUGGAAGAUUGCUCGUGAGGCCCUCUUUUGGCUCAGCUUCACCAAACAGCCUCUUACUUUGAGGAGUCUCAACGAAGUUGUGGUCACGGAUGAGACAUGCAUGACACUCGAUGAGGAUAUGAUGCUUGUCCCGCCCCAUAUUAUUCUUGACAUUUGUCAAGGACUCAUCACUGAAGACCAAAAUGGUUAUCUGAAUCUCGCGCAUGCGUCUGUCAAAGAUUUUCUAACAUCUGAUUGGAUCCGCUCAUCUCGAGUCCAAUAUUUCGCCCUAGAUGCUGCAACUGCAGACCUGAAAGCCAUGCACAGGUGUCUCACGUACCUAUGUCUCGACAACUUUGCACAGGGAUACUUGAAAUACCCCGAAAACCCAGCCAAAGUACGACAAGAUCAUGCUUUCAUGACUUGCGCCGCAAACUUCUGGCCACAACAUGGUGCCGCCUGCGGUUUUGGGGAGCGCAAACAAGAUAUGAUCCAUAAAUUCUUUGCUACGAGGUCUCUUCCUGGCCGCGGAAAUUAUGGCACAUGGAUACAGGUCCUGUUACGAACAACCGCUGCUUCAAACACGACUGAUGCUAUAGCCAUUGAUGGAACGCAUCCUCUAUACUACGCCGCCUCGUUUGGGAUGGUUCCAGUCGUCGAGUAUAUCCUUGCUUCCGAACCAGACGUCGAUAUCAAUGCCCCUGGUGGCCGUACUGGAGCCACAGCGGUGUGGAUUGCCAGCCUUCGCUUUAACUUUGAGGUUGCGGAUGUCCUCCUGCGUGCUGGAGCUGAUCCAUCCAUCAAAGAUCCAGGUAGUGGGCUUAAUGUGCUUGAUCUUUUGAGGAUGGUGCCGACCCAUCGUCGAAACUACCAAGGUCUUCGACCCAUUUUAGCUCGUCCAGCACCUUGGAAGGGUCAAAUGAAAGGAUGA